AUGGCGGAUUAUCGCAGGCCGAUAUCGACCGGGAAGGAAUUAUCCCAGCCAGUCACGUCUACGCCCAGGGUCCGGCUGAGCUGCGAAUUGUGUCGUCAACGGAAGGUAAAGUGUGACAAGCUUAACCCCUGCACGAACUGCCAGCGCUUCGGCGCUACGUGUGUCCCUGUCGAACGGGCGCGACUACCGCGAGGCCGCUCUGGCAGGGUAACAGGGAAGAAUGCUUCUGGACACGACACAGGCUUGAAAGAGCGUGUGGACAGACUUGAAGAGCUACUUCGAGAAUUGACUGAGCAUGAUGAUGGCACAAUCGCUGCACAGGUCAGUUCCAGUAGCUCGGGCAGGUCAGAUCCAGCGCCUGCCAACACGCAAGCGGAUAAGUACGAGCCUGGGACAGAGAAUUCACUUUGGGCGAACAUUUUAAAAGAGAUACACGAUAUACGCAGUACUAAGAGUUAUGGCACAAUCAAUGAGGGCCGUACUUCCAGCAAUGAUGCCAUGAAAUUUAGGGAGCUUCUUGCGACACCAAGGGAGCUUGGUUCGUCAAUGGCCACUAGAGAGCCAAAUGUCACUGUACAGGUCGAGAAAAACCUAGUUCAGGUCUUUUUAGAGAAAGUUGACCCGGCGUUCAAAAUCCUACAUGCGCCCUCGCUGAAAGUGUUUCUACUCGAUGGUAAAUCCUACCUCGACUAUGAGCCGGGACAUAUGGCUCCUGCUGCACUUGCUUCUUCAAUCCGCUUUGCAGCAGCAUGUAGCAUUACGGAAGAUGAGAGUAAAAAUUUACUUGGUUGUAAUAAAGGCUGGCUAGUGACACGAUACCAACAGGAGUCAGAGGCAGCCUUAGCAAAAGCGGACUUCAUGACUAGCAAUGACUUGGCUAUCCUGCAAGCUUUUGUUCUGUUUCUGCUAGCUUCGCGGUCGCAAGACUCGAGUCGGCGGGUUUGGACUAUGCUGAGCAUGGCCCUCCGUAUUGCUCAAGCCAUUUUACUCCACCUCCCUGAGCUACCGUUUCCUGUACGACCGUUCGAACGUGAACUGCGUCGACGCCUGUGGACCCACAUCGGUCUUCUCGAUAUACAGUGCUCCUUGGAGCGCGCAUCAGAGCCCAUGAUGCAAGCGAAAUGGGUGGACUCAAACCCACCCUCAAACGUCAACGAUUGCGACAUAAGUUUCGGCAUGGAUGGCCCAGUACAAGAAGCUGGGGGUUUCACAGACAUGACCUUCGCAAUGAUGACCCUAAAAGCGCAAUCGACCGUUCGGCUGCUCAAUUUUUCAGACUUCAUCGACAAAACCGUGAGUUGCGUCAACAAGCGCCAACAGCUCGUAAUCGAAUUCCAAGAGACAGCUUCAAAGCUACUCCAGAACUCCCAACCAGAUAAAAUCCCAUUCCAUUGGUACACCAGACAAGUAGCCGAGAUUAUAAGCGCCUCCCUACAACUAAUAGUCCUCCGACCCCUACAACGAAACACGAAUUUCGUCCCUCCCCGUGUCCGUGGAGACCGUCUUCUCCAAAUAGCCGUCGACGUCCUGAAGAAGUCGAAAACUGUUCGCAACGACCCACGAGGCCAGCCAUGGCGAUGGUGCGAAUUCAUGUUCGUCCCUUGGCAUUCACUCGCCGUAGCCAUCGCCGAACUGUGCGUCUGCGAGGAUCACUCCCUAAUAGAAAGCUUCUGGGGCCCGGUCCGAGAAGCAUACGAGAACAUGGGCGACCUAAUCGCCGAUUCGCGCAGUGGGAUGAUCUGGAAGCCGAUGGAAAAAAUCAUGGCGCAAGCAGAAGCAAAACGAAAUGAGCUAUUGGCGGCACCAGAUGCCAUUCCAUACUCGAUGCACUUUCCUGGAGCUGCUGCUCCCUUACAAGCACCCGUUUGCUCUCAGGCGAGUAUGCAACCCUCCGCGGGGGAUGUUAUCCCAAGUACGGGCACCUAUGCUGAGGCUGCCCCUCUUGUGGCCCUUCCAGAGACUGUUGAGCUUGGUUCUUGGCCGAGUGUCUGGGAUGCGGUUGAUUUUGGGUGCCCGGUGGCUACCAACGAGAUGUCUUGGCUGAACUAUGAGAACUUCAUUGAGGACGUGUAUGGAACUAUGGAUUAUACCCUGCUAGCCCAUUAA